AUGAUUCUCCUAAGAAUACCGAGGCGUUUUUAUUGCUUAUCCCUGAAACCAACAAAGGGCGUGGGUCCAUCCUCACUGAAUAAAUCCUUAUUGUCGAGGAAAACUAAGGAAGACAUCCAUCCGUCUUCGCCUGUCAGAACUAGAUUCGCACCUUCUCCGACUGGAUUUUUACACUUGGGGUCACUGAGAACAGCACUUUACAAUUAUCUGCUGGCAAGAAAUACGAAUGGACAGUUUUUACUUCGUUUGGAAGAUACAGACCAAAAAAGGUUAAUACCUGGUGCAGAGGAGAACAUUUACGACGUUUUAAAAUGGUGUAAGAUAAAUUACGAUGAAACGGCUGUAAAACAGAGCGAAAGAAAACCAAUCUAUGAUAAGUAUGUGAAGAUACUAUUAUCUUCUGGGAUGGCAUAUAGAUGUUUUUGUUCGAAAGAACGAUUGAACGAAUUAAGGCGUUCAGCAAUGGAAUUGAAACCUCCUUCAAUGGCAAGUUACGAUCGAUGUUGCUCAUAUCUAGGGGAAGAGGAAGUAAAUUCCAAGCUGAGUCAAGGCAUGCCUUUCACCGUGAGGUUCAAAUCGCCAGAAAAGUAUCCACUAUUUGCUGAUCUUUUACAUGGAGAAAUCAACCUUCAGCCCCAGGUGAACUUUAACGAUAGAAGGUACGAUGACCUUAUCCUUGUCAAGUCUGAUAAAUUGCCAACCUAUCACCUAGCAAACGUUGUAGACGAUCAUUUGAUGGGAAUAACACAUGUAAUAAGAGGUGAAGAAUGGCUGCCUUCCACGCCUAAACAUAUUGCUUUGUAUAAUGCAUUUGGUUGGGAUUGUCCAAAGUUCAUCCAUAUCCCUCUAUUGACAACUGUCGGCGAUAAGAAAUUGAGCAAAAGAAAAGGCGAUAUGUCUAUUUCAAGUUUGAAAAAGCAGGGAGUUUUGCCAGAGGCUUUAGUUAACUUUUGUGCAUUGUUUGGUUGGUCUCCCCCGAGAAAUUUGGCCUCUAAGAAGCAUGAAUGCUUUUCAAUGAAGGAACUAGAAAAGCUGUUUAAUUUAAACUGGUUGACAAAGGGAAAUGCCAAAGUUGAUGACAAAAAAUUGUGGUUUUUCAACAAGCACUUUUUGCAGGAAAGAAUUUCUAAUCCUGUGAUGUUGAAAGAACUUAUCGACAAGAUCACGCCUACCUUAGAGUCCAAGUAUAAUGCAUCCGCCAUAAGCCACAAGAAAGUGGCGAAAAUUUUACUGAAUUGUGGUAGUGGUCUGACUAAGAUUAAUGACUUUUGUGAAGAGUAUUAUUAUUUUUUCGAAAAACCCAAGUAUGAUGACAAUGAUGCUGUUACAAAAUUUCUAAGCAAGAAUGAAACCAGCGAUGUUGCUAGCCUGUUGAAGAUGUUCGGGCAGUUCAAGGAGGGUGCUAAUGCCGAAGACGUGGAGUUCAUGAUCGAAGCAAUGCUUCGUGAACACAAUUUUUCCAGAAAAUUCACAUACCAGGCAAUAAGAUUUGCCUUGGCGGGAUGCCAUUCAGGAGCAAAUGUAGCAGUUAUGAUCGACAUUCUGGGCACUCAAGAGAGUAAUGAAAGACUAUCCGAAGGUUUAAAGUUCUUGCAAUGA